GUGACAGGGCAACAGGCGGCACGAGUUUGAGCUUGUGAACAGUCUACCGAGUACAUGCCCUACGGAAGAAAAUCAUACAUUUUGUGAUAUUGUUUGUUUGCUGUUUUAGUAUCAACAAUUGAACUGCAAACUCCAUCAGUGUAUUAGGAUUUAUUUGAAACCAUAAUCAGCUUCGAAAAGUGUCUCAAAGCCGGCUCAGCCCAUGGCCUGGUUGUGACGUGUCCUGGGUUUCGGAGGCCGUGUGUGUGUGUGUGUGUGUGUGCGCCGGGGCUGCGGGGAUGAGCUGGACGGUGGAUGAUUGGGCCGCGGGGCUGUCGGGCACAGCCCUGCAGAAGGUGCGGGAGCUGCAGGCCCAGCAGGACCGGCUGCAGAGGGAGAAACAGCAGAGACAACUGCAGCUGGACAGCACUGAGGCUGCCCUCUGCAAGCAGAAACAGAAGUUUGAGGAGGUGCGCGUGGAGCUGGCCGGGGUGCGCAGGGACCUGCAGAGCUCCCAGGAGGAGGUGCUGGUGGGAGUGCGGGAGCGGAAUCGCCUGUCACAGGACCUGCAGGUGAAACAGGCCCAGGUGUGCAGCCUGGAGGGGCAGCUGGACUCGGCCCGGACGCUGUCGCAAACGCUCACGCAAGAGGUCAAACGGCUGGAGGCGGAGCUUGAGAAGCUGCAGAAUGCCAACAGCUCCGGCGACGCGGUGCUGUUCUCCACCCCCUGCUGGAACCCGUCCUCCAGGGAGAACAGUGGGUCCCGGUGGGAGCAGAAGGACUCGUCGGGAGGCGACAGCGACCUCAAAGCCCUGCAUGUCAGGCAGCUGCAGUUCGCCGAAAACAGCCCCAAACCCGCGCCUUCCCCGUUCCCCUGGCAACAGAGCACCCCGCCCUCCGCCCGCCGGAACCGCCAGCCCAAGCCCCCCCCCUCCUCCUCCGCCGCCUCCGCCGUGUUUCCGUGGGAGAGAGAGGAGGCCUCGUCCGGCCCCCGGGGAAGGCCCGCGUCCGUGACCGCGCCCAGCGGUGGUGUCAUUGAGCGCAGCGGCCCCGAGGAUGCUGGGAAGGAUGGGGACGUCAGGAGGGAGAAUGACAUCCAACGGUCCAAGAUCGCGGAGCUCCAGACAUGGGUUCAGUCUCUGGAGCAGGAGGUCCGCUCGGCUUCGGACCGGCACCGGGAGACGGAGGCCCGGUUAGGGGAGGCGCGGGGGGAGCUGGCGGCCCGGGAGCAGACCCUGAGUCGGGCCAAAGAGGAAGUGGUCCGGGCCAACAGCCACGUGGAGAAGGAGAAGGACAGGGCGCAGGCUGCAGAGCAGCGGGUGAAGCAGCUGCAGGAGGAGCUGAGCUGCCAGAGGCAGAACGCAGAGAGCAGCCGCCGCAGUGCGGAGCAGCGCUGGAAGGACCUGGAGAGAGAGCACCAGAGAGAGCUGUUGGAGCUGCAGAAGGAGAGCCAGGCCAGGGAGAAGCAGCACCAGCAGGAGAGCGGCAGGCUGAACCAGGAGCUGCAGAUGGCCCGCACCCUGCACAACACUCUGCAGGCUCAGUGUGACAAGGUGCUGCUGCAGAAGCAGGCUCUGGAGAAAGAUCUGGACAGCGUGCGGGGCAAACUGCAGUGGACUGAAAAGGAGUUGCAGGAGUGCCAGAAGAGAGAGGCCCAGAUCCAGGGCAAGCUGACGGAGGCGCUGCGGGAGAGGGACAAUCUGGGGCUGAGUCUGGAGCACAGCGGCCAGCGGGUGAAGGGUCUGGAGCAGGAGGUGAAGAGGCUGGCCCAGGAGCUGGCCGAGGCUCUGAGGCUGCUGGCAGAGCUGCAGGCUAAGCUCGCCGUUCCUGCUGCACCGACAGUUCCCACUCGAUGUAUCCCUGUCGGGGAUAGCUUCUCCUCACCUGUGACCCCCCAUCGCCCCUCACACGUGCCGAAGAAGAAGGUUAACAGGACCGAAAAACCGAGGGAAGAGGAGCAAGAUCAGAGGGCCAAGUACCCCACAGACAGGGAACCAGGGGAGGGCAUAGACUCUGAUUUCAUAGGGGAGUUUGGGUCCCAAGCACCAGAGAAACCAAAAGGUGAAGGAGGGAGGGCAAGAAAAGAGGCUGAUCGGAGAGGCUCCAUAACCCGAGAAGCGGAGGAAGAGAAGAGCGACAAAACUUGUGUCCAUGACGACGGUGCCUCCACUAAAGAACAGGUGGAUGCAGGGACUGACCAAGGAGAGACUGUGCAAAGGGACGUCAAGGUCUCGACCAAAGAUGAAAAGCAAGGUCACAACAGCAGUGAUGGCGAUACCCAGCCAGAGGGUGUAGGUGUCCAGAGUCAGGAUUCAUCUGGUCCCAAAGGCCAGCACAGUGCCCCAUCCCUGCAGGAUCUGAAGAGUGAAAAUGUAGCCCUGCGUGAUGACCUGAAGGAGGCCAAGCGGGAACUGGAGCAGAGGCUGGAGGACCUGGAGGCCCAGAGGAGGGCGGAGACAGAGGCCAGGACCAAGCUGAAGCAGCUGAGCCGAAAGAACUCCUCCCAGGUGGAGCAGCUCCGCCAGAAGACCCAGGAGCUCAAAGAGGAAGGAGGCCGGCUGGAGAAACAGCUGGAGGAGGAGAGGAAGGAGAGCGGCAGGCUGAGGGACUCCCUGGAUGCCCUGGAGGGCGAGCGUCGGGAAGAACAGACCGAGAAGAACAGAGGAGACGAAGAGGCGAGGACUGCGAUGGACAAGCUGAGGGCAGACCUAGCGGCGCUGGAGUCGGAGCUCCGGAAAGAGCAGGAGGAUAAGGAGAGGGAAAAAGAAGACGGGGAGAGGGAGAGGUUGAAAGACGAGGAGUGCCGGAGAGCUCUGACGGAGAAGGUUGCAGAACUUCAGUCGGAAGUGGAGGAGUUGCGGAAUUCGAAAUGGGAAGGGGAAAAUGGGAACGAGGAGACUGAUAAGCCCUUAACACCUCUGAUACUGGAAUUGAACUCCAACAACAACAAUGCUGUCGCCAUGCAAGAUGAUAAUUUCAUUCCAUCGCCAACUGAAAGCAUCUCUCUGUCGGACUCUGCGGGAGCCGAGACCCCGAAAAAGGAAGAAAUUGACCUGAUCACCGAGGAGGGAGCAAAAUCCUCCAAACAUCCUGUAGAGAUCAGAGGACCUUAUCCGGGGAAGCCUACUGUAGAUGGGUCACAGAUGUCAGAGAAGCUGCUGGAUUCAGAUGAGGUGGUCCAGCUGGUCUUGGAAGUUGAACGGCUGAGGGGCGCUUGUGUGAAACUGCGGGGGGAGAAGGACAGGGAGGCGGGAAGGGCUAAGCAGACCCAGGCCAAGCUGGAGGUCCUGCAGAACCAAGUGACUAACCAGACUAAGCAGCUGACCCUCGCCUUCGAGAACCAGAGCAGCAACAUAAAGGACCUUCUGGGGGAGCUGCAGGUCAGGGACAGCACCCUUCAGAGGCUGGAGGAUGAACUGCAGGGCUGUCACGGGGAAAUCGCCGAAAUGAAAGCAGAGAAGCUGAAGCUGAAGCAGGAGUGUGAGGGCUUUGGGAAACCAGAGGAGACGGGGCCCGAGCAGAUGGCCUUUCAGACGCCUUCGACACCGGGUAAAGGCGCGAUACCAGACAUUGAAGCUGAGCAAACAGCCGAGAGAAACUCGCUCCAUGAUUCUGGACAGAGCUCUCUUUCGAGCAUCUCUCCAACUGAGCAGGUGUCACAGAGUAUCAACAAUGACGGCUCUGUGAAGGACUUGCAGGCAGAAUUACGUGACUUGAAGGCUGAGAAUGAAGAACUGCAAUCUAAACUCGCUGCAGCUGCAACUGUAAAUGGAUCGAAUUGUGUCAACGUGGACCAAAGUGCACUCAUUGGAGAUGGCGCCACUCAGAGACUAGUGGGUGAGUUAGAGGCUGCCAAAGAAGAUCUAAGAAAAACGAGAGCAAAGAAUGAAGAGCUUCAGUCCCUGUUAUCUCAAGCUGAGUUGUCAAAGAAUCUGGAAAAGCGACCUCUGGAUUCAGAAGUCAAACAGGGCCCUUUUUAUGAUAGCCAACAGAAUGUGAUUGUUUCAGGAGAUUUGGGCGCCCAUACCGAGGUAGCAAAGGGAAGAGUGGAAGCUUUUGGGAAUCAAGACUUCCAGACGGAACAAAGGGAAGAACUGACAUUAAAAAAUGAAGAACUGACAUUAAUGGUUGAAACCCCCUCCUUGUUGGAAGGGAGUAGGCAGCGAACAGUGUCGACAGGCCAAAAGACACUUGAUGCACACAGUGAGAGCAGCAAAGAUGCAGAGUCCGAUAUAGAUGUGCAACAUAACCGAAACACCAUUAUCAAGCUGCAAGCUGAAAAUCAGGCUUUGAGGUCCUGGGCUCUUGCUGUGUGUCCUCCAGAUAGACAAGGCGAGAUAGACAAGGCCAUUUCUGAUAGCGGACGUAAUAGAGGUUCUAAUUCUGAGUUGGGUGAUGGUGGCAGUAGACUGACUCAAGGUGCAAAUUUAGCUGAUGAAGGGUCCACUGGCGUAGAGAGGGUGGUUGUAAGUGAAGAGGGCAGUCAAAGUGAUAAGGCUUCGCAGUUGUUGCUAAACAUGCCACCUGCCCAGGAGCUCACCAGCUCUCGCAGCAAUGAUGGACUGAAUCUGGAACGAGGAAAAGACAUGCAGGAACAAAUCCAGGCUGAAUCGCGUAGUCUGAAAUCUGGGGAAAUGGACGAUACUCCCCAGCAGGCAAAUUACACAGACAAAACUGGAAUGGAGCAAAACCGGUUCUCUCCAUCUGAGAUCACAGCUCUUCAGAAGCAGUUGGCGGAACUCCAGACCCAGGUCUCCAGCCUGCGAGAGGAGAACGUGAGGCAGGCGGAGGAGCUCGAAGUCUGGAGGGUCACCGGAGAGCCCAUCUCCCCACUGCUGAUGGAGGAGACCGCCAUUCACCCUCGCCAAGGCUCAAUCGCAGUGGUGCGUGAAGACCAGCUGCUCCUAACCUGCAAAGGGGAAGAGCUGAUAGGGUCCAGGCACAUGGUAGGGGAAGUGCGGGUGUUGGAGUUUGGAGGGCAAGAUCUCUCUGAAAAAUCGCCUGCACCAUCUGAAGGAGUUGACGGUGAAGAUCCCCCAGUUGAGAGGACCCAGGAGUCACUCGGGAAUGCAGAGAAACUGCCUGUGACUAUCCAGGUGCCAACUGAUACUAAUGUUAUAACAGACCUCAAGACCAAAGCAAUGGUUCACAGGGAUGUGGAUAUAGGGACCAAAACCAGGACGAACAGUCAUGAUGUUAGUCACCCAAGACCGGUCACUGUGGAAGGUGAUGACAGCUCUAAGGUAACUCACACAAGCAACCAGACCAAAACAACAGAGCACACUCACAGAGAUGAUCAGGAAAAUGGUGCAAACUAUUUUGACAGCAAGACCAAAGCAGCAGGCUGCAGAAUUUCAGAGGCCCAUAUUGAAGCAGCUUCCCCUGAAGACAGUCAGGCCAAAGCAUUUGAUCACAGAGAGACUCAUGCAACUGUCAUAGAAAAUGCAGGUGCAGUUAGUGAAAAAAUAGAGCCUGUUAAAGGAACUCAGCGGCUUGAGAGUCCCCAUCAACCGACUCUGUGCACUGUCAACACUAAUGAUUUCACUACAGAUUCAGGGAAGGCGCAUAGAGAUAGCGGCAGCUCCGUUCUGGAAGAAAAAGGAAAGGAAUUACAAACUACAAAGAGUUUUUUCAGAACCGAAAACUCUCAGAAGAACUGUGUACAGACUAACACUGAAACUGAUAAUAAGCAUGGCUUGACUAAAGAUGCCCUUUGCAUGGAGCCUGAAACUACAGAAGGGAACACACUAACAACAUCCCACAGGCAGUUGCAAGACAGCACCACAAAGCUUGUGUGCCCUGGGGUAGAGAGCGGGAACGAACCUGAGCACAGUGCCCCCUGCUGGCCAAAGGUGGUCACCAGAGACUUUCAAACUCAGACCGACGUGGAGAGCGAGAGCCUGGCUUCCAGUGGGCUGAGGGCCGGAGGGGGCCGCGAGGGCGGUGUGUGUAAAGAGCUUCGGACCACAGCCACUCAGACAGACAGUGACAGCGGGGGGAUGGGACCGGCCGGUCCCGCGCCCCCUGCUGGCGGCGGGGGGAUCCAGCACUCGAGUACCCAGACCGAGCCUGUGGAGAUGCAGGACGAAGACCUGGACACCAGCAACGAAGAGCAGAAUUCAGAAUCGCCGCCCCUAUCGCCCACGCCGAUGCCGGAGGGGGGACCCAGUCUUCUGUUUACCGGGUCGUUCUUCAUCCCGUCUGACCCGGCCCGUCUGGCAGAGCGGAUCCGCCGGAACCGCAGCCGAAUGUCGGCCGCCUACGACGACACGGAGUACGAGCCCUACGGCCUGCCCGAGGUGGUCAUGAAGGGUUUCGCUGAUAUUCCCAGUGGCCCUGCCUGUCCCUAUGUCCUGAGGAGGGGCCUGCUGGGGACCGAUGCGCUGCCCCUGCCCCUGCGGGAACAGCCCGAGGAGGAGCAGGAGGAGCCUGACCCCUGACCCCUCACCCACAGGGUUGUACAGGACCACAGACUCCAGUGCAGGCCUGCUGAAGACCUGCUGCACUACACACGCUGAAAUGGAGCGAGUCAGAUCCAGUUAAGAGCUCAGCCAGGUCCCAGCUGCUUGCCAUUCUCCCUCAGAUACUCAUUUAUGGGAAUGGAAACGGGCUGCUUUUCCUCUGGUCUGAUUGGGGAGCUGCGCUGAAACCACAGCCGGCAGCUCCCAAACCUGGGGUAGAUUCAUCACAGUAACUGUCUGUGCUGCAAUAACAUAAAAACAUAGAUUUAACUGUGUCAAGUAAAAUUCUUCCUUGGGUAAUAUAAGACACCUAACUGACUGCAGUAAAUAAUAAUGCUUUGCUUGAGGUGAGUUUGUUAUGAAGCCUUAAGCUCCACUCACCAUAGAGGGAAGUUUAGACGCUUGGUUUAACUUGGACGCUUGGUUGGUGGUAAAACUUUGUUCAAGUGAGCUUGUCAGUUUGGGAUUCUGUAACGGAAUAGUUCUGCUGAAUAAAACGGAAUAUUCCGGCACUAUAUUCCCAUAGGCUCGACGGUAUACCUCUUGAAUGGUUGUCUGAGGAUAAAAAUGGCUAUAGCCGGCAUUUUAGCUUUCCUUACAAAGGACAUGUGCCCACUGCCUACUGUGUGCUUGGUGUGUCUGAUCAAACCAUUUUGGGCUCUGACUGAGAGAGACAAGUAUAAUAUAACUUGAUAUUAGUGAUAAAAGUGAUAAUGUUUCAAGUGAUAUUAGUUCUCAUUUUAGGGUAUUUUCCACUGAGAUGAUUGAGUUAGUUAUACUCCUCAUGGUUAUAAAUGUAAGCUGAAGUCACUUCACUUUAUAAAACCGCAGAACGAGCUCGUCACUCUCAUUUACGAAAUGUGCACUACAGGGAGGCCCUGAUUUACUGUAUAUAUGUACGUGCGAGCAUCUUUAGAAAUAAUUUAUUUUUCUUAAGCUAUUGAAUACCCUGUUAAUACCAGCCAGUUUGCAGUGUAUUGGACUGAGUGUGGCUUUCUGUCGGGCUGUGUGCGUGUGUGUGCGUGUGUGCGUACGUUUGCUGUGUGGGUCUGCCUGCACUCACAAUAACCCGCGACAGUCUUUCCUCUCCAUUUAUGGUGAUCAGCUGUUUCAGCCUGGUCUGUUAGCCUGUCCUGUCUUGCAUUCACAGCUUAAAAACACUCACUCGCAUAAGGAAGGGUGCUUACAGAUGUACUCGGCCAUAAACAAUUGUAUGAAUGUAUAUUCACUGAAACUUUAGAAAUAUUGUAUUGUUUUAAUGUUUUGACUUUGCCUUUUCUUAAAGAAAAUUGUAUAUUUGUUUAUAGUUUAAUAUAUUUCUCAAGUUGUAUUUUAAAUAUUUUGGAUUUUGGGGACAAGUGUGCUUCUUAAUAUAGAUCACAUUAAUACAAGAUGCUAAUAUAUGCGAGAGGAUAUAGGUGCAUACUUCUGUGUAUGAAUAUUACAUGUGUGCACAUGCUGUAUAUGCUGUUGCGGUUAUAACAUUGCCUUCAUUUGAAACUCCUGCAUGAUUAGGCUGGUUUUUUUUUUUUCAAUAUUAUAUAAAUGGUUUUCACACUUUGAGGUCUCAGCACAGAUUAAGUGCAGAUCUGUAGCGGAUUCAGAUUUUUUUGGGAUAUUACUACAACUUUACAAAAGCCGUUUAAAAAAAAGAAGUGAUAGUUCACCCUAAUAUCAAUGUAAAUAUUUCUCAAUAUGAAUUUGCUGCUUCCAUGCACUAGUGGCUAGCAUCAUUAGCAUUGAUGUCUGAGAACAAGGGGAGCCUGGCUAUUUGUGGGUAGCAUGUUCCAUAUUCCAUGGUAGAAUUACCAACCUACAGUCUCUGCAGUCACUGAGCCUUGUGGUUCAUUUUGGAAUUAAACAUCGAGGUUAAGUUAUAUCACAUGGUACUUUAAAAGUAACUUGGAAAAGUGAAAGCGGACUUCUCUCAAAUGAGAUAAAACUGAACUGCCUAACCGGCCUAAAAUUGCUGCCAUAAUACCAGUGAAGAUUUCAGCACGCAUGCUCAACUUCCAAUGAACCACAUGCCUGAGCAACCUGGUUUGUUAUUGGCAGUAAUGCAGUUCCAUGCAUGGCACCAACGCUCAUUGUUUCUGACUUUAGGAACUCUUGAGGAAGGCAAUCGAAGGCCAUCGAUUUUGGCUGAACUAUCACUACUAUGGUAUGCCAAAUGAUGUGCAGUCCUCUGUGAAGGAUAUGGGCACCUCAGAAGCCAAGCAGAACCAGAGAGUACACUGUACAUAUAGUUGUCGUUCUUUGUGCACUAACUCCAAGUUAAGUUCAAAUGAAUGUCUUGAAAUGCACAGCAAGUGUUUUACAAGACACAGGCUGUGUACACUCACUGAACUGACCUGUGUGCACACGCACACACCCACAGCAUUUUACCCAAGAAACAGGACACACUUGUCGCACUGUAGUUAAAGCUGUGAUUUUGUAGUGAGAUUUUGUUUUGAUGAUUUGUACUUGUAUUUCUGUUGUGGUCCCAAGUUUUGAAUAAAAAUGUCUGUGAAUAAA